GAAAUAACUCCCUUAGAUGAUCGUAAACACAUUCAAGAUGGCGACGAACACCGAGACGCAAAAUACAACACUAUCAGAUGACGAGCAAAAAACGUUUUCAGGAGCAACUCUGCAAAUUGAUGGCGUUGACAACCAAACAGGACAUGAGCCUGGUGUUGAAUUUACAGGACCCAAGUCUAACUUUGACAGAAAUCGCCCCGGAAGUGUAUAUGGAAGACAGAGUAUCCGAAGCACGACUAGCCGCACCUCCGUCCGUCCAGGGGUGAUCAAAGGCGAUAAUGAGGCUGACACGUUCUUCAGCUACAAGGAAGAGAACUUUAACAAAGCACUUGAAGCAUGUAAAAAGACAUUGAAAGAUGACAUUGAUGGCGAGUUUGUAGGGGCUUGGCUGCUAACUCUUAUUGACCAUUGGGAUAACGAGAGGGAGCGUUUAAUCAUUCUGACCAAAAACUGUAUGCUCAUCUACAAAUAUGACUUCAUUCUUCAUAAGAUGGAAGAUUACAAAAGAGUCAUGCUUCAUUUAAUUGACACUAUUUGUGUGGGAGACUUUGUUUAUCCACCCAAAAGUCUGAUGCCAAUGAGACAACAUGGGGGGAUCCAGGUUAAGUGGAGUCAUGGACAGGAGCCGUCCUGGGCUCAGCUGUGGAACCCCUGGUGUGAGUCUAUCCCCUGGAUCAACCUCGCCCACCACCCCCUGCUCUAUAACCCCAAGGAAUAUGAGACCACCAUUUACAACGUGGAUGAUUUUUACGAGUCUCUGAUACAAUGCAUCAGUAACAGCUACAAGGAGAAACGACCAAGUGAGAAAAUCACAAUUGUUGAGGGUCCUAUAUUGAUUGAGAGCUACGCUAGCUUGGCCUCCAUGGUGUUUAACCAGAGUGGACUUGGUUUCAACAGAGACAGGAAGGGCAUUAGCUUCUGAACUUUAGAAAUGUUGCUGCACAAGCUACUCAAAGUUUUUCCUCGUCAAGCAUAACAUUUAUAGCUUUGAAAUCCAGAUCAAUUGAUAUAUUGGUUCAACUUCAAUACAUGUAUAUUGAAAUGAUUAAACUUUUUCUAUAGCUUUUUCACUUGCUGUACUGCAAAAGAACUUUUGACAUUUACAGUGUCUUUUUAUUAUCAACAAAUACUGAAUAAUCUAAAAGAUUUUCUGCCUAGAGUUGAGCUAUUGUGAUUUUUAUAGAUUAAUUAACUAUGAAACAAGCUGUGAUUUUAUAUUAUACUUAACAGUAUACAAAUUUUCGAUAUGUCAGAGGAAUAUGGGUAAUAGGCUAAGUUGAUAAGCUGUUGUUUGGAUAUCAUCUGUAUACAGGACACAGACUAUUUUCCCUGUAAUAUUGCUGAUUCUAAAGUGCUCUUUUAUUUAUUUCUUCUUGUUUACUGUUCAGUUUUGUGUGCUUUUUGUAUUUUUUGCUAGUUUUGCAUGUUGCAAUAUUAAGAUAUUUAAGUCAAUACACAUUCCAGCAAUUUUCUUACUACAACAAAUGUCUUUAUCAGUAAUAGUUUCUUGUAAGAAUGAACUGAAUUAAUUUUAAAGUUGACUUAAUUCAUUUGGUUUAAGGUAAGAGGUUUUCCAAUGAAAUUUCAUGAUAUGAAAUGUAAUUUUCAUAACAAAAGCCCUUUAAUGAUGUUUCUUAUCCAUAUUUUUUUUUUUCAACCAAUUGGGUAUCAGAUUUAUUUUGUUUGCAAAGAUUUCUAAGCUGACUUAAAUACACAUCUAUUUUAUGUAAAUUUUUUUUUUUAUUUUAUGUAGUAACUGUCCUCAUAUCAUAUAUAUUCCACGUUUUUUGUGGAAAGUUUGAGAAUUAUUUCCUGCCCUUGUUGAAUCCUCUUAUAUUCUGUUUCCAGAGGCAUUUCGAAGUGCUUUGGAAGGCCUCAGGUAGCAGGUGGGUCCUCUUUUUUUGUUGCUCAUUAUUAUUUUAUGUACUCUCUAUUUCAUAUGUUAUUGAAUGCACUUCUCAAACACACAAGUCAAUCGCAACUUCUCAGGCCUUUCAGACAAGCAGAAAAACAACCUUGAAUGUAUUACGUAGGUGUCCAUGACAACCCCCCUUUUUGUGAAUUUAGAAAUAAAUAUGAGAAGACCUCUUAUCUAGGGAGUAUUAACUUCAUUGAAUGUAAAGAUAUCACGUAAAAUAUACCAUAGAAGGGACUUUCAACUCCGUCUAUCCAAUACUUUAAUAAAUAGGAAGCAACUCCAUGUUUUAUAAAUUUAUACCAUAUGGUGAUUUAAAUAUAUUGGAGUUUGUUUUUCGGACCUCUGAGGGAAAGACCCAAGAUGAUGUGAUUGACACAUAAGUGUGUGCUUAUGUACAUAAGGGUGUAUUUUCAUCAUUGAAAAUGAUUGUACUCAACACAUGUAACUGCUAUAUAAUCUUUCACCCAAUGAACACGAAAUCUUUUCAAAAUAAUUUGUAUUUUUUUAAAUUUUCAGAAAUUAGGUAAUCACAGCUUGAUUAAAUCGAUUUCCUUAUGCUACUGAUAAGGAGGUUGUUUGACAUACUUUUUUGCCCUACUUGCUUGAGUUGUGAUGUGCCAUUAAGAUUUUUUUUUUGCAAUAAGUUAGCAUAGUAUUUAAUAAUGUAUUUCUCAAUUUUAUUCAGUGUAAAGCUUUUUUCGCAAACUUUGUAAAUUAGAACACUUAUAUGUAUGCCCAUUAUACUGACAUGUAUCAUAUUGUCAUUUACUAUCAUGUGUCAUAUUUUUGAUUUAGUAUGGUUUAUCGUAUUUUGAUUUUAAGUCUCAGUGGAAAUUCUGAAAAAUUGAAAUAGAAAAUUUAUGCUAAGAAGCAUCAAAUACAACCUUCUUUGUGGUCAUGUGAUUUUUUAAGUUUCAGAAGUUUCUGAAACUGGACAUUCAAAGGGUGUGUUAACUUUUUCCUGCAAUGAAUUGGCAUUGAUGCAUACUUAGGAAUAUCACAAAUUAAAUUAUAUCUUUCCCUUCUCCAUUUCUCCCUUAGAUAUUACAAUUUUUGUGAAUAUAAAGCUACUUGUGAUAUAGUGUCUGUUCCUUUUAAUUCCUUUGUUAAUGUUUAUUAUUUCUGUGUUAAUGUUUAUCAUUUAUGUUUUUUGUUCCUUAAAAAAGAAAAUUCAAGAUUCACCCCUAUACUUUUUCCAUUUGUGCUUAAUUAUUAUUUUGCUAUUGGUAAUGUAAUGUAAUUCCUUCAAAAGUCUAUGUGCAAAUACAGUACAUGUAUAUUAAAAAAACUUUAUGUGACCUUUGGGACAUACGUGUGUGGGGUGUCCUGUAAUGAAUUUAUUUCAAAAUCCUACAGUAUGAUAGCUUCAAAUAAUCCUCAAUUUCAAGAGGAGUAGAUGUGUUGCAUCAUUAUUCUUUGUUUCGAAAUUUAUGAUAAAAAACCCCAAACUUCUGAUCAAAUUAAGAUUUGCAAAUGAAAAAUGGAAAGACAGACAUUGGAUUACUUAUCUUAAGUAUUUAUAGUACAGAUCCACCCUGUUUUCCUGGAAAAUAUUUUUUAAUGCAUAUUCUGUCAGUAUUAAAGAUGAAAAAAAAUUGAACUCAAGAUCGACAUGUCUCAACUAUUUCUACAAUAUCUGAUAUGGAAAAGUGGUGUAUACUUUCUUUAGCAUAAAGUGUGUAAAACGAAACAGAGGGUUAUAACAACUCGGAAGUGUGGUGGUCUUUUAGAAAGAUAAUAAAUUGUAAAACGGUAUUUUGAGUGUAUCUUCAUGGCCUGGUUAAAAUUAGAAAGCAAAUGUACAUAUGCUUUUGAUUUCUCUCUAUGAAUAUGUUCAAUCAAAACGAAAAAAAAGUCUCCCUUCAAGUAUUUAUGUGUGAUCAAGAGUUUACCUUAUAGCCUAUGCACAAAUCAGUAUAACAUAUAUAUUGCACACAUAUAAGUGUGUUAGAGAUAUUUGCUGUCGUUUCACAUAUCAUUAUUAUUAUUUUUUUGAUUAUGUUGGCUUUUUAAAAACAACCAAAUUAAUUAAAAAACAAAAUUUAAUGUUCUACCAUCAUGACAUUAUCAAAUUAACUUUGUUUAUCACUGUCAAGAUAAUAUCACAUUUCUUUUUUGUCUUUUGAAUUUGAGAUAUGACAUUUUAUGUUCAUUUUAGAUGAAGAUGUUUGAAUUAAGUUGUAUUGUUAUUGUUUUGUAAUGAAUGUGUGAGAAUAGAUUAAGUACUGAUGUUA